AUGAGCGCAAAUACGAUAAAACUGCACGGUGCAAACUAUUUGAGGCAGAGGCUGAUUUUGGCCACAAUUUCCGGCAAAAAUCUGAAAAUUACGAAAAUUCGAGAAUCGGAGGCCGAUCCGGGCUUGGUCGAGUACGAAAUGAACUUGUUGAAGCUUUUAGAGGAAAUGACGAACGGCACAACGAUCAAAGUUAACGAAACGGGGACUAUUUUGUUUUACUCGCCGGGAAUGCUCACCGGUGGCGUAAUCGAACACGAGUGCAGAACAGAGCGCUCCGUCGGAUACCUUUUGGAAGUGCUGCUCGCGCUCGGCCCGUUCUGCGCAGAGCCGCUAAUGGUGACUCUGAAAAAUUGCGUAACAAACAGCUCGAGCGACGUUUCAGUCGAUUAUUACAGACACUCGGUGAUUCCUGUUCUGCGCCAGUUCGGAUUAUACGACAAAGACGACUACAAGUUUGAAAUCAAAGUGAAUAAGCGAGGAUCAGCGCCGCUCGGCGGAGGCGAAAUAUUCUUCUCCAUGCCUAAUCCGAAGAAAUUAAGGGCUUGCGUCUCGCUAGACGUGGGUAAAAUCAAACGAAUCCGAGGCACAGCGUACUCGACCCGGGUUUCGCCGCAGACACCGGGGAGAAUGGUGGAAGCGGCGCGCAGCAUUCUGAACGGUUUCCUUCCAGACGUGUAUAUUUUCUCCGAAGCUGCCAAAGGAGCUGGAUCAGGCAAAUCGCAGGGCUACGGAUGCUGCCUUGUCGCCGAGUCGACGAACGAAAACGUCAGAAUCGCGGCGGAAGUGAUGUCGGGGACGAAAGACGACGGAAUGAAGAAUCUGACGGCGGAGGAUAUUGGAAAAAUGGCCGCGCUGGAGUUAUUAGAGGAAAUCAACGUUGCGGGAGUAUGCGACUCAGUAACCCAGCCAUUGAUGAUUCUGUACAGCGCGCUGAACCAAGCAGACGUGUCGAAGUUCGUGAGUGGAAUGUUGACUCCUUACUCGGUGGAAAUGCUGCGCAACAUGAAACUCUUUCUGGGGAUCACCUUUCGACUGGAACUCAUUCCAGCCAAAAAGCACAAAAAGAACGAAAACGAAGGAAUGAAGACGGGGAGCGACAAAGUUUUGUUGACCUGUAUUGGAGUUGGCUAUCAGAACUUGAACAAGGCUACGCUGUGA